UGCAUGUCUCAGCUAAAGGAAAGGAUGCUGAGCUCGUAUGCCCUAUGGCUGGCCGCAGCCUCCUGCAUUCUGACCCUGGCUUCUGCAGAGCAGCAAGGUUACGGAAACCCCGACAACGUCACCUCCUAUGGCUCCGAGCUGCUGUGUGGAGCUCCCGGGGCCCCGGAGCCCCCGCUCUGCUUGGACCCCUGCCAGAAUCACACCCGCCUGGACGACCCCUCCCGAAGCAUAGAGAACACAGAAAAACCCUCUAAGUGUGACAGGGACCUGCUCGGUUGGUUCCGCUUUGUGGGACAAGGAGGAACGAGGAUGCCGGAGACCUGCGUCCCAGUGAGCAGAUGCCAGACUGACGCCCCCAUGUGGCUGGAGGGGGGCCACCCCAUCCUUGGGGAGGGCGCUGUGACCCGCUCUGCUUGUGCCCACUGGUCGGGCAACUGCUGCUACUGGAACACUCCGGUUCAGGUGAUGGCCUGCCCGGGUGGGUACCACGUGUACCGGCUGAAGGGCAGCCCUUCCUGUAACCUGAGAUAUUGCACAGACCCGGCCACCGUGGAGAACAGGUGUGAGCAGACCUGCCGUCCGGAGGAGGAGUGCAGCUUUGUCAACGGUACCUGGGGCUGUGUCUGCAGACAGGUCCUCAAUGGCUCUGAUAUCCACAGUCUGCAGCCUCAGCUGAACUGUGGGGACAGAGAGAUCAAGGUAUCCCUGGACAGGUGUCAGCUGGAAGGCCUGGGUUUUGGGGAGCAGGUCAGCGCCUACCUGCGGGACCAGAACUGCAGCAGCAUCGUGCAGAGAGAGGAGAGGAACUGGAUUUCUGUGACCAGUCCCGCUCAGGCCAGUGCCUGCGGGAACAUCCUGGAGAGAAACGAAACCCAUGCCAUCUACAAAAACACCCUCUCCUUGGUCAAUGACUUCAUCAUCAGAGACACCAAACUCAACAUCAACUUCCAGUGUGCCUACCCGCUGGACAUGAGAGUCAGCCUCCAGACCGCCCUGCGGCCCAUUGUAAGUUCCGUGAACAUCAGUCUGGCCGGGGCCGGAGAGUUCACUGUCAGGAUGGCGCUCUUCCAAGACCGCAACUACACGCAGCCUUACGAAGGGGAGGCCGUGGAGCUGUCUGUGGAGUCCAUGCUGUACGUGGGCGCCAUCCUGGAGCGAGGGGACACCUCCAGGUUCAACCUGCUGCUGCGGAACUGCUAUGCCACGCCCACGGCAGACAAGAAUGACCCUGUGAGAUACUUCAUCAUCAGAAACAGCUGCCCAAAUCAGCGUGACUCCACCAUCCACGUGGAGGAGAACGGGGUGUCCUCCGAAGGCCGGUUCUCCGUCCAGAUGUUCAUGUUCGCCGGGAACCACGACCUAGUCUUCCUGCAUUGUGAGGUCCGCCUCUGUCACUCCCUCAGCGAGCAGUGCCAGCCGUUCUGCUCAGGAAGCCAGCGCCGCAGUGAAGCGGUGGCGAUCGACCCGGCCCUGGUGCUGGACUUGGGGCCCAUCACUCGGAAAGGUGCCCCGUCUCCCGGUGUCGUGAGCGGAACCGCCAGCACUGCAGGGUUCCUGGUGUCCUGUCCUGUGCUGCUUCUGCCUCUGCUCCUGGCUCGGCUGUUCUGA